UAUGUUUUUUGACAGGUAUGUAAAAUGACUUCACAGUGUGACAAAAAAAUUCUAUAAGUAUAUCAAAUGGCUCAAGCAGUAAGAGCUGGUAGUAAAGUUGCUAAGCCUGUGCUAUCACUAGAUUCUGCUGAGGCACAUAGGCGUGUCUUAGGAUUGUAUCGAGGAUACUAUCGUUAUAUUCCCUAUAUAGCAAAACACUUUGAUAUUCAAAAAAGUGAAGCACAAUGCAAGUCGAAGCUUAGGGAAUUUUUCUAUAAGAAUGCUUGCUUAACGGACUUGAGAGUUAUUGAUGUUCUAGUAAUCAAGGGCUACAUGAAUUUGAAAGAGAUAACACAUAACUGGCAACAGAAAGGUCAUAUCAUGUCAUACUUUAAUCCGACAAUCGAUCCUAAGCCAAGUGGAUUUAUCAACAAAUUUUUGGCUAAUGAAGAUUAAAUAAAUUCUUUCUCAUUUUAGACUUCAGAUUAAAAUAUAUGAUAAAUUCAGACAAAUGAAUGAUUGCAAAAAGUUUAUAAUGGUGGUAAUGAAAGAAGUUUAAAUUAAUUUCAAUUGAAUUUAUUUGCAAUACAUAUAUCACAGUUCAGUAAAAUAUGAUUCGUGAUGUAUCUCAAAAAUAUAGUUCUUAUAUAAUUGAAUAUUUAUUUAGUUUUAAAUAAAAUAGUUCUGGAAGGAAAUAGAAGAACUGCUGAUUUAUUUGAAUAAAACAACUCUCAAAUUAGUACCUCACCUUUGGUCUUAAAUAUUAAACAUUUAAAAAAAGAAA